CUGACUGUCCCCAUCACCUUCUCAACAUCCAGUUUCUUAAUAUAGAGAUGUAGAUUAGAGGGUUAAAAACAGGAAUUAGCAUUAGAAUGAGCUAGAAUGAGCUAAGAGUCUCAAGAAAUAUGAAAAUUCAAUAUGAUGAGAGGUACUGGAUCUGUCUACCGAGUAGUGCAAUGUACAUGUACAUGUACUUUUAAUGGGGUAGUUAACCGCCAUGGGUCCAGGCUGAAAUUGGGUUGGAACCAUGCCGAGCUGUUUUCUUCAAGUUGGCAAAAAGUUCGGCCUAGGCCGCAUUUCUCGACGUACGCGUAGCUAAAGAUGCAAACACUUGUGUUACAGGAUGAAGACCUAAGAUCCUUAUAACUUGUUUGUCUUCUUACGCUGCGUAUGCGGAAAUACUAAGCCGCAAAAAGGCAGUGCCAGAAUCCACCUAUGAUGAAAGUGCCAUGGAGAACUGCGGAAAUCAUAAAUCAUGUACUUGAUUGUGAUACACUGGAGGGGCUAGCCAUAAUGGUAAUAAAAACUCGACCUAUUCCGUGUCUGCAUGGUAGGCAGAGAGCAAGCCCUAUUUUAGGUUCUAUCCAGCGCGCGAAGGCCUUAUUAUGUAUCCCGGUUAACUUAUAUAUGAUUUACGGAUUAAAAUCGUGGGUGUGACAAUAUUUGAUGGAGCGAUGGAUUUCGGCCUAAUGCCUGCCUUGCCUUGAUAUGUGUGCUAAAUCUUGUACGGUACCGUCACACGAACAGCUCUUCCCCAGAUACGCGUUUAGAGGCCGAAAAUUACACUUAACGAGCUUUUCCACGUUCGAAUUCAGAGACAGCUACGGAGUAGUUAUCCUACGAUUGGUAGGCGCUCGUAUGCACUCGGUCGCUGGCGUGGUUGGGGCCAAAUACGGGCCAGAGGCAGCGCUAAAGUCACAGAACCAGCGCCCAAUGGCCCACAAGGUACAUGUACAUACACAUACAUUACAUGUACAGAAAUAGCAGGGACCGAGAUGCAUAUAUAAGAAAAGUGAUGAUGCUUACACAGACACAGUCUUUCCAAAACAUCACAGAAGAAGAGACUUGUGUUAACUUCCUGAGAAUUCUGGAGAUUACGCGGAUAACAACUAAGCCAAACCGUGGGAUUGAAUUUUUAUCGAAAAACCAGAGUUGUUUCCGUAACUUAACUUUCCUAGUUUUCCAUCCAUGCAUGCCACAGCGCCGCCGCUAUAUUGAUAUGUGGACCUAGCUAGGGUGUCUUGGAUUCUUGGUGCUUCUAUUCAUGCCAUCGCCUCUCGGUUCAUUAUUUUACCUCGACAGCUGCGUAAGUAUAAUUCUCUGUGGCAGAAAGAAGAACGUCCUACUCCUCCUCCUCUCACAAAUAACUCCAGCUCGACGGAGGAUCCAUUCGUUUAGUUCAUUGCCAUCCUGACACAGACGCUUUGCGUAUUGCAAAUCUUCCCUCAAAUAGAAUGACCAUCUCUUAGUUUCUGUCUCUCCCCACCUGAUAUUAAUUUUCUUCUUCGUCGUCUUCUUCUUCUUCUCCCCUACCUGUCGCUUCCGCCUGUCGCUUCCGCCUGUCUUCCGCUCGGUUUUAUUUACUUCUUCGUCCUCUUUUGGAUAGUGGCGCUUCUUCGUUUGCGCUCCACGGGAUGGGCCUGCAGCCACCUGUGGACUGAUUGAUCUCCCUUCGUCGCUAUGAGCGUCCCUUCGUUUCGUGUCUUUCAGCCCUUCCUCUUCUCUGUCCUAGUGGUUGCGCUGCUCGCUGCAAAACUUCUCCAUCUGUUCCAGCAUGCUCGUUCGAUUCCCCUGCUGCGUUUCGUUGUCUAUUUCCCGACUUUUUUUAUCCAGGAUUGCUUCGUUAUCAUAGUACAGCGCCUUCUUCUUAAUGGCCAGAGCCGCAAUCUAUACUCAAUCCUUGGCUUAUCGAUAGGUGCUUUUCUUACAACCAUCUCACUGGGUGCUUCAGCUGCACAGUUUGGGUUUUAUUAUGUUACUGGCGGAGAGUUGCAGUGGGAUGCUGCUGGAAGCGUGGCCAGCGAUCCUGCUGCCAUGAGGUUAAUGUUGAGUGGAAUCAUGCCUGUCACUGUUUCAGGGCUAGCUAUGCUUCUAUUCGCAUGGCCGAUGACACCGAUUCUCUAUAACAAAACUGGAUUUUGGUUGACAUCGAUAUGGAAGUUGAUUUCGCCGGGGAGUUGGGAUAUGCUGCUCCCAAUUGUUCGAGUUAAAAAAAUAGAAUUUUCACACCAAAGGGUUGUUAGACUCUGGCCCCCCUGUGCCUUGACCACUCUCUGCUCCUUGACGGUUUUGCAAUUCAUUCGACCAGCCGUUCCAUACGAUCACAUUUCGGCAACCUUGCCGGUCGCGAUGAGCCAGAUGUUACAAUCUAAUUCAAAAGGCUGCGCAAGAAACCUGUCACAGAAUGGUGAAUCUUUUCCACUGCCUGAAUUACUUGUGGGAGACCAUUGGAUGAUGCCAAAGGAUAAUUUCAAAGGAUGGGCCCCCGGCAAGGAUAAUUUUUUCAUUCAACAGUACUUUGAGAGAGCACGGGACUGGAUUCCAGAGCGACUCCCAGCUGGAUUUGAGCGGUGGGACAAGGAAUUAAUGGCUAAGCAGGCGGCUGAGAACAAGACAAUGACUACACCAGGCGGAAAAGACAUGUGCCCUAUUCAAGUUGGAACGCACUACUACAACCCCGUUGCAGAUCCGCUGAGGAUUUCGAAUCUCAAUUUGGAACCUUAUGAGGAACUCAGAGAGGCUCUCAAGGACAUCCUAAUAUCGCAUGUUGUUCUUAUUACAAUGGAGAGCUCGCGCAAGGAUAUGUUUCCCAUUCAGCAAGGAUCCUACAUCCACAAGCAGAUCCAUCGUUCUUACAAAGAUGACGACACUAAUAGGGAACUGGUCGACAAGAAAUUAUCGCAGCUAACUCGAGUCGCGGAGCAAGUCACUGGAGAAUCAUUUUUUAGCUCUCCGGACAAGCAACCCGACCUCCUACCGGGUGUAUGGAGGGAUAAGUCUGGUCCAGAUAUGGGCGGUAUAAAUGUCGUGGGAGCCAAUACUGGGAGCACUCUUUCCUUCAAGAGCGUCCUGGGCAGUCACUGUGGUGUAGGACCGCUCCCAGAGGAUUUCCUCGAGGAGGUCAAUGCAAAGAUCUAUCAGCCUUGCAUACCCCAGGUCGUGGAACUUUUUAACAGGGGAAAAAAGAAAACCAAUCAAAAGAAUAACGUGAGGGAAGCAUUACUCGACCAUCGUGCCAGUGUACAUCGACGAAAAUGGGAAUCGGUAUUUGUUCAAUCGAUCACUGAUCAGUAUGAUCGACAGGAUGUGCUCAAUCGGCAAAUGAGCUUUGGGAAGUCCUUUUCGAGGGAGACUUUGGAAAAUGAGUCUUCCAAGUACUUUCCACCGAAGUCGCCUGAACUUAAUUACUUUGGGUAUGCUGAAAGCGAGGUCAAACCCUUCAUCCGCGACCUGAUAUCGGAGACGAUCGCAAACAAUAAGCGGCUUUUCCUCUCGCACUUCACGAGCACAACUCACCACCCCUGGGCGAUACCUCACAAUUUUCGCACCACAAAUUACAUGGGCUCGAAGGGUUCACAUGAGCACAUGAACUCCUUUUUGAACGUUGUUCGCUACGACGAUCUUUGGUUGGGAGAACUCCUUGGGCUACUAGAUGAACAUGGAAUUGCAAACGAGACCCUUGUCGUCAUUGUUGGAGACCACGGCCAAGCAUUCGAAGAAGACGAUGGACACACAGGCACCUAUGAAAAUGGCCACAUCAGCAAUUUCCGCGUGCCUCUCGUCUUCCGCCACCCGCACCUUCCACGCAUCCACGUCGCCGCAAACGCGACUUCAAUGUCUAUCCUCCCCACCAUCCUCGACCUCCUCGUCUCGACCAACUCCCUGGACCCCGUUGACACCGCUGCAGCUGCAGAUCUAAUGCACGAUUACGAAGCUCAGUCGUUGCUACGCCCUUACAUGGCCACACUCAAUGGCCGACAGGCCUGGAAUUUCGGCGUGAUAAACGCUGGCGGCUCUCUGCUGGCUGUUAUGUCUGCUGCCGUCCCUUACCGGAUUGUAAUCCCACUGGCCGGCAGUCACAUGUUCCGCUUCACCCACAUAGGCAAAGAUCCUAAUGAGCUCCACCCGUUGGAAAGGUGGACGCUGAAUGACCUUGCAAAAGCUGUUAAUCGUUCCCAUGGCGAAGAGGCGUCCAAAUGGGCGCGUGAAGCGGAUGCUGUAGGUAGAUGGUGGGCCAAGGAGAUGCAUCGUGUGUAUAAUUAUAAUCGCCAGUGAUUGUUCUAUUUUUGAUUUUUCUUUAUUAUUAAUUUUUAUUGACGAUACAAGCUGUAUCCUUUUGGAAAUAGAGCGAGAGGUACGAUAUAAUGUUUUGAAUAUGCGAAGGGGUUCUACUCCCUUUUCUCCCUACUCUUUCGAUGUUUGCAAACAAGCGUGGGCGUUUUUUUCCCCCUGUUUUUCCCCCCUUCCCUAGGUAUUAUUUAUUGUAUGCGACUGGGUUCACGGAGUUUUUUCCUGUCGGCUGGCAAUCGUCGCAGGUUGUUUAUUGAAUUGGUUAACUGACUCACGGACUAUGAUAUAAUAACACCCAUUUGGAUCUCAGUUUUUUAUAAAAAAAAAAAAUUUUUUUGACAACUCUAGCUUGCUAUGGAUUUCGACUGUUAUCUACAACUUAUAUUCCUCUCUCCUUCUGCUCUUGUUGACCUUAGAUAAAGGGGCUACAAACUCCGCAUUUUUCUUCACGAUUUGAUAAAAUACAUAUCCCUGUCUGAAGCCCUCACUCAUUCCUGCUUAACCUCGAGAUCAUGCUCUUUCAUCCACCGGGUAACCAACCCAACCGUAUCAGUUGAGCCCUCUCGACUAACAAGAUCAAAACAGCUCUGCCAGACCUCAGCACCGCACUCCAAAAGAUAUCUAACCAUAUCCUGAUCCCCUUUCUCCACUGCAUAAUGAAGUGGUGUCCUCCAAAAUGGGUCGAAUUCGUUGACAGUACGAUUGACCUCUUCAGCAUCUGACAAAGUAUCAAGCAAGAGCUUUACCAUAUCCACAUUGCAAUAAGUGACAGCGUCAAUUACUGGCACUCGUUGUCGCAAUGGGACCAUGUCAUAGUAGCUCCGCGUAAAUUCAGGAUCCCAGUUCCCAGCAGCACCACUUCGUGGUUUACUCUUGAUACGGUAACGACUGAGAAGGAAGUCAUUCGGUAGCACAGGUGCAGCCACCUCUCCACGCUUCCCAUGCUGCAACAACAGACGGAUGACAUCCACAUCCGCACCACCUCUGAAAGCCCAAUACAAAUCCCUUUCUACGUCAACCGUAAACGAGUAACGCUCAACGAGUAGCUUCAGCAUCGGCAUGCUCGACCGAUACGCAGCCCACGACACCAACUCCAGAUGCUGACAUUCUGCAAACCCAAAGUCCCCAAUCUGCUUAACAACCACAUCCAACCGGUCGAUUUCAUAACGCAACCGCUCUAGCCGCCACUCGCUCUCGCGCCCAGGUAAGCACCAGCAAUCAAUGUCAUCCACACGCGCGCUUCUUCCGCACUCAUCAUCUCGAAAUAACACAUACCCCUGAUCAGGCACGGGAUCAAAAGCAAGGAUGGCAGCAGCGAUAUCGACAUGGAGCCGCUGGACAGCCAUUGCGAUGGGCAAUUGAGCCCAGUCCGGUAUGAUCGCGUCCCGGUCUCUGGGACCCACGCCGCGAUCCAAGAGGAAAUUGACGACGCCCAGUUUCCCACUGCGGACGGCUUCUCGAAGAAUGGAUGUGCUGUGGAGGCUGGUUUCGGCAAUGCCGAUGCCCCAGCCAACGGCGGUACUUGCAAGAGCGUGCAGGCACCCGACGAGGCCGCGCGAUGCUGCGAGGAGGAGGCCGAGGCGGAGUUCCUUAGUUUCCAAACGCGAACGUGAUGCGGGUGAUAAAGCUCUAUGUCUGAAAUUCAAAGUUAGUGUGGUGCUCGGCCCAGUUUCUUGGAACAAGUAUCGGAAUUCAUGUGUUCUUUUACCGCUGCCGGGGUUUCGCUCUGGUUUCCUCACCGACUUGACCAAUCCAGCGAUCUAUUGCCUUCUCGGCAAUUGGCCCCGGUGCAAAUGCGAGAAACAUUUCGAUAUCGAUAUCGCAGUUCCUCAGGAGCUGGUGUGCCAGCGAUCUGUUCCAAGCCCCUGUGUAGAAUCCAAUUUAGCUACAUUCACUAUAUCCCUGUACUCUAAUCAAACAAGGCACUUGGUAUGUAUGUAAUGUACAUACAGUUAAUACACAAACAAUUCCCCACCAAACCUCUCCACUCCUGCCCAGACCGUACAUCCCGCGCAUUGUGUGCGACCUCUGCGAGAAUCAUCUCCUGAAUCUCCGCCGGAAGAGUGAGGGCUCCGGGUGGGGAGGGAUUGAGACCCCGGAGCGCAAGAGGAGGCUCCAUUUCCGCAGUCAUUAAGUCUGUUUUCGUACAAACAGACAGACAGGCGGACAGGCAGUGAAAAGCUUAUGUGGGAAUUUGGCUUCCUUUGCGUUUGGGAUAGCAGAAUUCUUUUUGGUUCUUGAUAUUCGUUCGUUUUUAUAUGCGCCCGCUCCCACGCAACUCCUGCAGGCGCGAUAAGCGAUAUCAAGAUCAGAGUUCCAAAAAUUCCGAGGAGCGCGUCCAGAGGCGUGUUCUUCUGGCGCAUUGAAAAAUGUUUAAGGAAUAGAAAGUGUUUUCUUUUCCCAAUGAUGGAGAGAAGUAAAAACCAGUCAGUCGCCAGGUAGUGGAGCUCCUUGAUCAUAAAUAUGCAAGAAGGUAACUGUGUUUCAAUUCGAUGGCGACCAGACAACAGAAGACGAUUUUCCGCCCGCCCUAAGUAGCUAGCGAGUAACUAUAACAUAACUAUAAAAUGCUAGCAAGUGCAUAUGAGGACACUUACCCUCGGCAAAGCACCC